CUGUUUUGAUUGGUUAAACAUUGUAGCGCGGGAUAAGUAAUCCGAAAAAAAAAAAAUGGGAAAGUUUUUAUUUUUGUAAAAUAAUGUAGUGUUUCCGCCUUUCAUUCAAUCUUGAAGAUAAGCAUUGACGACUGUUGGAUCACUUUACAAAAUGGUUACACCAGACAACUGCCCUACGCGAUAACGAGCAGACAAAAAUAUAUCCUGAUCUAUGUCUGGAGUUGUAUGGAAUGUGAGUGAUGAGAAAAUGCCAGCCUUUCUUCAGAUAUGCCCAAGAAGACCUAGCAUCCGCACGCUGCUGUUCGUAUCUCUUCUCUAUUCCUUCAUCCUAUCGGCAGCCUAUCUCUCCUUUGUCCUCAAAUCUCGUGGGCCCAUCACCGGGUCAUCACAACAGGCAAAGCCCCACCUGAAAGAACUCAAACGGGCCCGGGAAAUGCUGGACAUCGUGAAGGCUUCGGCAGAACAGAGAAAGUUACCGACCGACCAGGAGUACACCCACAACAAGAUCCACUGGAGCUACCAUAGUCUCCCUGGCGAGAAGUUGCUGCACAUGCAGUGCUCUAAGUGCGCCGUCGUUUCCAGCUCGGGCCAUCUCAUCAACAGCAGCCUGGGCCGGGAAAUCGACUCCACCCCCUGCGUCUUCCGCAUGAACAACGCCCCCGUGACGGGCUACGAGACCGACGUGGGCUCGCGCACCACGGUGCGAUCCAUCGGGCAUGUCAACCUGGAGAAAUCCUUUGGUGACAACGAAGAAGCGUCUAGGGAGAUGCUAACUGACAAUCGCACCCGGGCGUCCGUCGUUCUCAUCAACUGGAUGUCCAAGACCAAAAUCAAGAAGUUCAUCUCCAAGGAAUACCGCUUUGCUCUCCUGCUGGCCCACCUCUUUCCCGAUGUCAAGUUCUACUCCUUCACACGGGACAAGAUGAUAUCCUCUGAAGCGCUGUUCAAAAACUACACCGGGCUGUCGCGGAAAGAAGCGCAGACCUGGCUGUCUACUGGAUGGUAUACCUUGAUUGCGGCGAUUGAUAUCUGUAAAGAAAUCGUGGUAUACGGAAUGGCCAACGAAGACUACUGCACCAGUUCUAUGGAAGAUGCACAACGCAUCCCUUAUCAUUACUACGAGCCCAACAAACUCAAGGAGUGCUCCUACUUCAACCAGAGCGAGACCAGACUAACCGGAGGCCACCUCUUCAUCACGGAGAAGGCCGUCUUCGCCCGUUUGGCGGCCAAACGCAAAAUCCAGUUCAAGCACCCAGCCUGGCCGGAGAGAAAUUUCGGCGCAGCAGUGACCCUCGACACGCCCUUCCUGCAGCACUACUGGCGGAACAAACGAUAUCAGGAGAAGCACAGACGGCGACGCGUGGUGCCUAGAAAUCACAGUAACGCUGUCCAGCUCCGCAUGGGGAACAAGACCAUCACGGUACCCAAGGAGCAACUGCUGGAUAAGAUAGUGGAGCUACUGCCGGGUUCUAAGGUACUCCUGGGGCCGGGGAAUGCAACAGAUGUCAAGGGGAAUUUCUCGGGAAGUGGGGAUCGCAGUUCUUGAGUUUUUAGAAAUUCGUGACGGGAACUCAGAAAUUACGUUUCAUCUCUUAAAGGGAUCACUGUGCGGAACAUAGCGGACUUAAUUCACUGAUGUUGUCGGAUUUCAAAUAUGUGGAAGUGGGUAUGUUUUAGGAAUAAAUUGCCUUAUGUUUCAGUGCCAUUUCAAGCCAAAUCAGUUCGCUGUAAAACUUGUUUAACAGGGUGUAAAUAGGUCUUUAUUUAUGCAAUAGUGCAGUUGCCACUGAAUUUUUACCAAAGAGGCCAGCCUCUUUGCACCUACAUUGUAACUCACUGUCUCACUAACUGUCACUUGUAACUUCAGUUGGCCUCAGCUCGACCUGCGUUAUGCUUGCGCCGCGACAGAACUAGCCUUGGCCAAGGUGUUCGCCGAUGAUGUCCGUCGUGGUAUUCUGGCCGCUAAAAACAAACACUAGCCGCGCGCUAUGUACUGUAUGAUGCGUGAACAGCAACCUCGCGCUACAAUAUGCAAAUCGAUUGGCGAAGAAUGAACGUUCGUUCAUGGACAGUAACGCCUUGACCAAGGCUAGUUCUGUCACGGUGCAAGCAAAUCGCAGGUCGACCCGAGGCCGGCCUUAUCCUGGUUAUUGGCUGGUGAAGAGAACUGGGCAGUGCUGUUGUAUAGGAUUACCCGUAAAAGGUUAAUUCCGGCCCAUUUGUGGAAACAAGAUGCAUGGAAAGACCAGUGAAUAGCCAUUCUGAAUCAGUUGAGUAGAAUUUUGUGCAUUCUGUGACCAGCUUUUAAUGUCAGGUUUUUUUGGGGUUUUUUUUAAAUUUCGGAAUAAAAUAAUCCAGGGCUUUCAUAACAAAUUGCAAAUGUAUUUCUUAAUGUAUUCCAAUUUGAAUUUUAUUGUAGUGAUGAAUGAAAAUGCCCACACCUUCAAAAGGAGUUGGAUUUUCACCCUCGUUUUAAUCAGAUGCAAUAUAAAUGUAUUUUUAUUCACUUGCGCAAUACAUUGUGUGCUUUCACCUUUUGCCAUUUGUGUGGUUUUUGAAAAACUUGCCGACGAAGAUAUCUUGCCAUGUUGCUCUGACAAUGCAUGAAAAUAGCACAGGCUUUCUUAAAAAUUUGUCUUUGUUCAAAGUGGGUUGUUUUUUACUUUAACCGAAUGCCGUUUCUUGCAAUGUUUUUUUU